UUCCAUAAACUACUUUCAAAAAACUAACUAGCAAGAGAGUAAAGAAACAGAAAAAGCUUUUGUAUUCACUGUUCCAAGAGAAGAAAAUGGCAGAGAAAACGAACCAGCAGGCAUACGCCAUGGCACCAGCAACUAAGCAACCCAGAAGUGAUGAAGAGUCUGCCACUUUAACAUCUGAGGAGCUCCGUCGAAAGAAAAGGAUCAAGUUGGCCAUAUAUAUUGCUGCUUUUGCUGUGUUUCAGACCAUUGUCAUCUUGGUGUUUGCACUCACUGUGAUGCGUGUUAAGACCCCUAAGGUCAGAUUGGGCACUGAUGUCACGUUCCAGAACUUCAGCGCUGGUACCCAAGCAUCACCUUCCUUUGACUUGAGUUUCACAACCCAAGUUAGGGUUAAGAACACUAACUUUGGUCCCUACAAAUUUGAUAGCACCACUGCCACGUUCAUGUACCAGGGUGUGACAGUGGGGCAAGUCACUAUUCCUAAGGGUAAGGCUGGGCUACAAUCGACCAAAAAAGUUGGUGUCACAGUAAAUGUGAAUUCAAAUGCGCUGCCAAGUACUACCAAUCUUGGAAGUGAGUUAGGUGGUGGGGCCUUAACUCUGAACAGCCAUGCCAAACUUAGUGGGAAAGUGGAAUUGAUGUUUGUAAUGAAGAAGAAAAAGUCAGCCGAAAUGAACUGCAGUAUGACUAUUGAUUUGUCAGCGAAGGCGGUCCAAUCUAUUAUUUGCUAGUAAACAUAGAAGCUGUUUAAUUUCAUUUCUUUUAAUUCUAUUUUUUGAAUGGUAUUGUAAUUGUUUUGUUCUUCUUAUUAUUAUAGUUGUUUGGAAAUAUUUGUAUUGACCUUUA